AAAACGAAUCGGAGUCUCAGGGAAGACAGAUCUUGUCGCUGUCUCUUGCCGUCACAAUAAAAAUUAAAAAAAAAAAUUAUAUAUUAUUAUUAACUUACACAUGAAAAUUUAAAUAAAAAAUUUACUCAAAAAAUAUUAUAUACAAAUGGAAAUUUAAUAUUAUUUAUAUUUUAUAUUUUACAAAAAAUAAAUCAAAAAUACUGUGUGUGUUUGUUGUUGUAUGACAAUUGUGAAUAGUGAAAAAAAAAAUAAUAUACAGUGAAAAAUAUAUUAAAUUUUUGUUUUAUUUUUAUUUUUAUUUAUUUUGAAUUUAAAUAAAAGGUGAUUAUUUAUUGUUUGGUGUAAAUAAUACGUAUAUUUUUAUGAAGAUUAUUUGAAAUUUAAAAAAUUUUUUUUUUUGGUUUUUCUUUGGCUUCAAUUUUACCAAUGAAUUGGCGCGAUUUUUUUUUUUAGAUAGGCUCAGAUGAAAUCGUUAUUUUGAGAGGAUUAUAUAUUGUAUAAUUUUAGAAAUUGUAACAUACCUUGGAUUAAAUUUUAAUUUAUGGAAAAUAGUAAAUAUUAGGAGGGGCUAAAUCGGAGCAAAAUGUUGAGGGGUUACACAACAGCAGCAGUGAGGGGAAGGACGACUCAAAAAUCGAUUCAAGAUAAAAUUUAAUCAUCAAGCAAGUAUGACUAUAAAUAAAAAAAAAAGUGUCAUGAAUUAAUAUAUUAUAAUAAAACCACAAACAGGAAAAACUAGAAAUACAAAAUAUACCAAGUAUAUAGCUUUUUUUUUUUUUUUUUUGAGGUAAAAUAAAAAAGUUUGUACAUGUACCAAACGAAGAAAAAGUUAGAUAAUAAAACAUUGGAAUAUUAAAAAAUAAAAAUAAAAUAAUAAGGUCAAAAGGAUGACGGGGGUUGAGGAUGUCAAAGAAAAGGGCACCACAAAUGGGGGUGGUGGUGUUGAUGGUAUUGACGUUGGCGCCACUGAUAAUAUUGGACAACAAAACGGUGGACCGGAAAAAGCUCCUGUUGUUACCGGAACAAAUAUGGAGACACUUCCGCGGCCUGGUAAACAGAGUGAUCCAAGUACAUCAUUUCUUCGUGCAGCACGAGCUGGACAAUUGGAAAAAGUAUUGGAAUUUCUUGAAACUGGUGUAGACAUAAAUGCAUCAAAUGCUAAUGGAUUGAAUGCCCUUCAUUUGGCAGCCAAAGAUGGUCAUUUAGAAAUUGUUCGUGAACUAUUGACUCGUGGUGCAACAGUUGAUGCAGCAACAAAAAAAGGAAAUACAUCUUUACACAUAGCAUCUCUAGCUGGUCAAGAAGAAGUUGUACAGUUACUUGUACAACGUGGUGCAUCAGUAAAUGCUCAAUCACAAAAUGGUUUUACUCCAUUAUACAUGGCAGCACAAGAAAAUCAUGAUAAUGUUGUAAAAUAUUUAUUAAGUAAAGGAGCAAAUCAAACACUUGCAACUGAAGAUGGUUUUACACCAUUAGCUGUUGCAAUGCAACAAGGACAUGAUAAAGUUGUUGCUGUAUUACUUGAAUCAGAUACACGUGGUAAAGUACGUUUACCAGCAUUACAUAUUGCUGCUAAAAAAGAUGAUUGUAAAGCAGCAGCAUUAUUAUUACAAAAUGAUCAUAAUCCAGAUGUAACAUCAAAAAGUGGUUUUACACCAUUACAUAUUGCUGCACAUUAUGGUAAUGAUCGUAUUGCAUCAUUAUUAUAUGAUAAAGGUGCUGAUGUUAAUUAUUCAGCAAAACAUAAUAUAACACCAAUGCAUGUUGCUGCAAAAUGGGGUAAAAUAAAAAUGGUUAAUUUAUUAAUGAGUAAAGGUGCAAAUAUAUCAGCUAAAACACGUGAUGGUUUAACACCAUUACAUUGUGCAGCACGUGCUGGACAUCAUGAAGUUGUUGAUAUAUUAAUUGAAAAAGGUGCACCAAUUGGUUCUAAAACUAAAAAUGGUUUAGCACCAUUACAUAUGGCAUCACAAGGUGAUCAUGUUGAUGCUGCACGUAUAUUAUUAUAUCAUCGUGCACCAGUUGAUGAAGUUACUGUUGAUUAUUUAACAGCAUUACAUGUUGCAUCACAUUGUGGUCAUGUACGUGCUGCAAAAUUAUUACUUGAUCGUAAUGCUGAUCCAAAUUCACGUGCAUUAAAUGGUUUUACACCAUUACAUAUUGCAUGUAAAAAAAAUCGUAUUAAAGUUGUUGAAUUAUUAUUAAAACAUAAAGCAAGUAUUGAAGCAACAACUGAAUCUGGUUUAACACCAUUACAUGUUGCUAGUUUUAUGGGUUGUAUGAAUAUUGUUAUUUAUUUAUUACAAAAUGAAGCUAGUCCAGAUAUACCAACUGUACGUGGUGAAACACCAUUACAUCUUGCUGCACGUGCUAAUCAAACUGAUAUUAUUAGAAUAUUAUUAAGAAAUGGUGCACAAGUUGAUGCUAGAGCUAGAGAAGAACAAACACCAUUACAUGUUGCAUCAAGACUUGGUAAUGUUGAUAUUGUCAUGUUAUUAUUACAACAUGGUGCUGAUGUUGAUUCAACAACUAAAGAUUUAUAUACACCAUUACAUAUUGCAUCUAAAGAAGGACAAGAAGAAGUUGCAUCAGUUUUACUUGAGAAUGGAGCAUCAUUAAUAGCAACAACAAAAAAAGGUUUUACACCUCUUCAUUUAGCUGCUAAAUAUGGUAAUAUGAAUGUUGCUAGGCUUCUUUUACAAAAAAAUUCACCAGUUGAUGCACAAGGAAAGAAUGGCGUUACACCUCUUCAUGUUGCUUCACACUAUGAUCAUCAAAAUGUUGCAUUGUUAUUGUUGGAUAAAGGUGCAUCACCUCAUGCAAUGGCUAAAAAUGGACAUACACCUCUUCAUAUUGCAGCAAGAAAAAAUCAGAUGGAUAUUGCAACGACAUUAUUGGAAUAUGGUGCAAAAGCAAAUGCAGAAUCAAAAGCUGGAUUUACUUCUCUUCAUUUAAGUGCUCAAGAGGGUCAUUCUGAUAUGUCAACAUUGUUAAUUGAACAUAAAGCUGAUACUAAUCACAAAGCCAAGAAUGGACUAACGCCUCUUCAUUUAUGUGCACAAGAAGAUAAAACAAAUGUUGCUAAAAUAUUAGUUAAAAAUGAAGCUCAAAUUGAUGCUACAACAAAAGCGGGUUAUACACCGUUGCACGUCGCAUCACAUUUUGGUCAAGCAGCAAUGGUACGUUUUCUACUUCAAGCUGGUGCUGUAGUUGAUAGUAGUACUGGUGCUGGAUAUACACCACUUCAUCAAGCUGCCCAACAAGGACAUACACUUGUUAUUAAUUUACUUCUUGAAAGUAAAGCAAAACCAAAUGCAGUUACAAAUAAUGGUCAAACAGCACUGGCAAUUGCACAAAAACUUGGAUAUAUUAGUGUUGUUGAGACACUUAAAAUUGUCACUGAAACAAUUAUAACAACAACGCAUACAAUGACAAUUGAAGAAAAAUAUAAAGUUCAAGCACCUGAAUCAAUGCAAGAGACAUUUAUGAGUGACAGUGAAGAUGAAGGUGGUGGUGAUGAGAUUGGAAUGGCUGACAAUUAUGGACAACCGACACACGCGCAACACGUGUAUCUCCCUUCUUACUACCAGGGCCAAAUGACCUAUACUCGCGAAGAUCCAAUGCUCAGUGAUCAACAGCAAUAUCGUUACAUGACUGUUGAUGAUAUGAAGUCAAUGGGUGAUGAUUCAAUGCGCGUUAACGUAACUGACGACGAAAGGGACAAUCGACAUUCCGGAGGUACAAACAUAACAGACAUGAUUACCAAAGAAAAUUAUCAUCGAACAAAUGCUGCUAAUUUAAAACCAGAUAAUAUCGAUAUCAACAGACAUCCAGUUCAUGUUGGACAGUCACUAGCUUCAUUAAAUUCGUCGCUGGCAGCCCUUGGUAUGUUUCCAAAAGGACAAGGAAUGUGGAGGGACAGCUUUUUGGUGUCAUUUUUGGUGGAUGCUCGUGGUGGAGCAAUGCGAGGAUGUCGUCAUAGUGGUGUACGUGUUAUUGUACCACCAAGAAAAGCAGCAAUGCCAAUGCGAAUAACUUGUAGAUAUUUAAAACGUGAUAAAUUAACAAAUCCACCACCAUUGAUGGAGGGUGAGGCACUUGCAAGUCGUAUACUUGAACUAGGUCCAGUCGGUGCCAAAUUUUUAGGGCCUGUAAUAAUUGAAGUGCCACACUUUGCAUCACUACGUGGUAAAGAAAGAGAAAUAGUUAUAUUACGAUCAGACAAUGGAGAGACAUGGCGUGAGCAUACUCUUGAAGCAAGUGAAGAAGCUGUUCAAGAUGUUUUAAAUGAAAGUUUUGAGGGUGAAGAAUUAAGCCAACUGGAAGAUCUUCAAACAUCAAGAAUUGUUAGAAUUUUAACUGUUGAUUUUCCACAUUAUUUUGCUGUUGUAUCACGUAUACGACAAGAAGUACAUGCUGUUGGUCCAGAAGGUGGUACUGUAUCAUCAUCAGCAGUACCACAAGUACAAGCAGUAUUUCCACCAGCUGCACUUACAAAAAAAAUUAGAGUUGGACUACAGGCACAUCCAAUAUCAGCUGAAUUAGUUGCAAAAUUACUUGGUAAUCGUGUUGCUGUAUCACCAAUUGUAACAGUUGAACCAAGACGAAGAAAAUUUCAUAAACCAAUAACUCUAACUAUACCAGUACCACAAGCAGCAAACAAGGGAAUGAUUAAUCAGUAUUCUGGUGAUGCACCAACACUAAGAUUACUCUGCAGUAUAACUGGUGGUCAAUCACGAGCAGUAUGGGAAGAUGUUACUGGCUCAACACCAUUGACAUUUGUCAAGGAUUGUGUGUCAUUUACAACAACAGUAUCAGCUCGUUUUUGGCUAAUGGAUUGUCGAAAUAUUACUGAAGCAACGAGAAUGGCAACUGAACUCUAUACACAUGCAACUCACGUUCCUUUCAUGGCCAAAUUUGUUGUAUUUGCAAAACGUGUUGAUCCACUUGAAGCACGUUUACGUGUAUUUUGUAUGACUGAUGAUAAAGAAGAUAAAACAUUAGAACAUCAAGAACAUUUUACUGAAGUUGCUAAAAGUCGUGAUGUUGAAGUACUAGAAGGUAAAAUACAGUAUAUGGAAUUUGCUGGUAAUCUUGUACCAGUUAUGAAAAGUGGUGAACAAUUACAAUUACCAUUUCGUGCAUUUAAAGAAAAUCGUAUACCAUUUACAACACGUGUUAAAGAUCCAGAUUCAGUUGAUAUGGUUGGAAGAAUAAUGUUUAUGAAUGAACCAAAAGUACAAAAAGGUGAACCAUCACAAAUACCAAUAUGUACAUUAAAUAUAUUAUUACCAGAUAAAAUAUCACCUGAUGGAAAACAUUCAGAAAUUGAUUUACUUGAAUUAUCAAAAAAUUAUAGUUUCUUAAGAGAUGGUGGUAUUAGUAGACCAGAUACAAUUCAUCGUGCAACAAUACGUUUAACUGAUAUUGCAAAUUUGCUAGAUACUGAUUGGCAAAAACUUGCUGAAGAAUUAAAUAUAUCACCAAAUGAUGUUGAUUUAAUUAAAAAUGAACAUCCUGGUAAACCAGCAAUUCAAGCAGCAUCAAUGUUUAAAAUUUGGCAAGCUAAUGGAAACAAAGCAACAGGAAAUACGCUUGAAAAGGCCCUGAAUAAAAUUGGCCGUGAGGAUAUAGUUAAAAAGUGUAUAUUCAACGUUGAACUUGUUACGGAUGAUGUUGAAAAAGCUGUUGCAAGGGUACGUCUUGAUCAGCCUGGUUUUGAUGCACUUAAAGAAGAACUUGGUCCAUCAAGAGAUUCAUCAUUGAGACGUGAUGGUACACUUGGAAGUAGAAAAAUUGAUUUUAAUUUUGAUGAAUCUGAUCGUAUAAAGGAUUCUGAAUCCAUUGAGGAUAUUAACAUCAUGGGAAAUAUGCCAAAUAAACAAUCAAAACAACAGCACAUAACAAUCACAAAUGGCACUGUGUUCAAUGGUACUUCAACACCAAUUAAAGACAAAUAUGCUAGUGAAGAAAAAGAACUUGUUGAUGAAAUGGCUGAUUUUAUUGAACAUAAAUGUCAUGUUAAUGAUACUAUGACACAAAAAAUACUUGAAGAUGAUAAUGAUGAUGAUGAUGAUGAUAAAAAUGAGAAAAAACUUCAAAGAGUCAUUGAGGAUGCAAAUAAAAUAGUCACCGGUGUUAUACAAGACGCUGAGAAAGAAAAGGAGAAGUUAGCAAAGGAAGGGUUGUCGGGGGUUGGGGAUAAAGAGGCCAAAGGUGCUUUAGGAAAUAUUGAUAAAUAUAUAGUUGAAAAAAAUAUUAUAUUUGGGGAGGGAUCCGUUGAACCAAUUAUUAUUAAAAAACAAAAAAUUGAUAAUAAACCGAGUGAUAAUAGCGCGAAAAAAAUAUCAAGUGUAGAAACAAUAACAAGUACAACGACAAUAACAACUACGAGUCAUCAAAAUAUUGAUGAAAAACCAAUGAGUGUUGAUGAUGAAGUUACAACACCAGGAAAAAUAAAUUAUUUUGGUAAAAAUGACCCAGUUAUUGGUCCAGUUAUAAUUGUUACACAAACUGAUAUGACGACAACGACAACAACAAUACCAAUUGUUGAAAAAAUUGAAGGUAUUGUUACAACAAGUGUUAAAGAAAAAUUGUCAAAAGAGGAUAAAGAAAUAUCUGAAAGAAUUAAGGAGGAUGAUAUGAAUACAUCUAUUUAUGAAAAUGUUUAUAAUACUAAAUCUGAUGAUCCUAAAUCUGAUGAUGAAUCAAGUACUGGUGCUGGUGGUAAAAAGAAAAAAGAAAAAAGUGGAAUGUUUUCUGGUAUUUUUAAGAAAAAAAAUAAAAAAGGAUCAAAAGAUACAUCAUUUGAUAGUGGUGAUGAGGAGAAAGUUGUUAUAAUACCAAUUGAUCAAUCAAAAGUUAUACCAACAUAUCCUGAUUUUGAUCCAACAAAUUAUAUUGCAAUUUGUCCACAAAAAUUACCAGAAAAUGAACCAAAUCGUGAUCCAAUUUGGGCAACAGCUGAUUUUCUUUAUGAUUCAAGAAGAAGUGCUGAAGCAUUUAUUCCUGAUAGUAUUGAACGUGAUAUUGAUGAAAUUGAAUUUGCAACACCACCAAUGCCUGAAGAAAAAAUUAUUAUUGAAGAUAAAAUACCAGAAGAAAAUACUAAACAAAUUGAUGGUGAAACUAAAGAAAAACAUGGUUUUUUUUCAAAUUUAUUUACCAAAGGUUCUAAAAAACCAGAUGGACAUAUUGAAUCAAUAGAUAGUCAACAUAUAAAUGGAGCUCCUAAAGAUGUUGUUGAUGGAGCCAUUGAUAGUGGUAAAAAAAUUACAUUAGAAUUUGAAACAGAAGGACGUAAAAUUAAAUCUGAUGUUGAUGAUAAAAAUAAAGAAAUUGAAAAAUCUGUAAAAGCUAUUAAUAGUGAGAUUGAAAAUGUUGAUAUUAAAAUUGAUGAAGACAAACAACAAAGUGGUGGUAUUUUUGGAAUAUUUAAAAGUCCUAAAUCAAAAGAUAGAAAACGAAGUAAAUCAAAAGAAAAAGAUACCACAAAAGAUAUUCCAGUUGAUAGUGGUGAUGAGGAAUUACGUAUAGCUACUGCAGCAUUCCUUGAUGAUACUAGAAAAACAGCUGAACGUGCACUUUCAGAGGAAACUCGUGAAAUAAUUAAACCUGAUGAUAAUACAACUGAAAAAUAUGUUACAACAACAACAGUUACUGAAGAAUUUGAUAUUCCAACUGACAAAGUUAAAGGUUUUAGCUAUGAAGUCAGUAAAUCUCCAUCAAAUAAAAUUGAAAAAACAAUAACAAUAACGACAACAACAUCAACGACAAUUGUUGAUGAUAAAAAAAAUAAUGAAAAAACAAGUGCACCAGAUAAAAAUAAAAAUAGGUUGUCUGGUGAAUUUUCAGAUUCAGCUGAUGAAGGAAAAAAUAAAGGAAAUGGAUUUUUUGGUAUGUUUAAAAGUCCAAAAUUAAGAUCAAAGAAAAGUCGUUCACGUGAUCGUAGUUCAUCAAAAGAACGAUCAUUUGACAGUGGUGAUGAAGAAUCACGAGUUGAAUUAUCUGGAAGAAAAUCAUUGAGAGAUUCACCAGCUAAAAUUGAAGAAGAAACAAAACAAACAGUUGCCUCUGAAUCAUUGGUUAAAGAACGUGAUGAAAAAGAUAAAGGUGGUCUAUUUGGAAUAUUUAAAAGUCCAAAAAGUUCACCAAAAAAAAGAAGCAAAUCAAAAGAAAAAAGUAUGUCAACUGAGCCAUCAACUGAGAGUGCUGAUGAAGAAUUUAAAAUUACAGCAACAUCAAAGUUUCUUGAUGAUUCAAGAAAAUUCUCGGAUCUUCAAGAAGAGUAUCCUUAUCCAUCUGCUCCAAUUGUAACAACAGAGAGUGGAACUGUAUCACCUGAUGAUACUGAUGCUGUUGAUGGUGUUGUAACUGGUGGUUUUCUAUCUGGAAUUUAUAAAACAGCAAAAAAUGUUGCUGAAGAAGUUUCAGAAGAAGUUAAAGAAUUUUUGGAUGAAACUAAAGAAGAUGCUGAAAUUGAAAAAGAAAAAUUAGCCAAAGAAGCUGAAAAACAAAAGAAUGAAGCUAAAAAUAUCAAGGCUAAAGUUGACCAAGAAAUUAAAAAAGAAAUUGAAAAAACUGGUGAAAUAGUUGUUGAAAAAACUGAAGAUACCAAACAUGCCCUUGAAAAGAGCAAAGAAAAAGGUUCAGGAUUUUUGUCAGGAAUAAUAAAAUCAGCCAAACACGCUGUCGAUGAGGUUUCUGAUGAAGUUAAAGAAUUUAUUGAAGAAACUGAAGAAAAAGAGCGUGCUGAAGAGGCAUCAAUUCAGCAAAUAAAAUCUGAACCAGAAAUAAAAUCCAAAGUUACUGAUAAAAAUAAAAAAUCAACAAAAGGACCAGCUCCACAAAAAAAUGGAAAAGAUGUAGCAGAUAAAAAAACUGUUAUCAAAUCUGUGAAAGAAGAAGUAAAGGUAACAAAAGGUAAAGCUCCUGAUGGUGCAAAAGCUGUUGAUACUGUAAAAGCAAAAGCAAAACCACCAACAAAAGAAGCUUCACCUAAACUUGAUAAACCUGUGGCAAAAGUUGCAAAUGGAGCAAAAGCUCCUGUUGAUAGUGGAAAAAUAAAACCAAAAUCUACAAAAGAAGCUUCACCAAAACCAACAACUAAAGAGGCAUCUCCAAAGCCUGUCGCUGCUAAAGCAGCAAAUGGAGCCAAGGCUGCAGUAGAUACUAGUAAAACAAAGCUAAAACCAACUAAAGAAUCUUCACCUAAACCUAUCAAAGAAAUGGCUCCAAAACCACCUAAAGAGACACCUACAAAACCAGUUAAAGAAAUGGCUCCAAAACCACCAAAAUCAAAUAAAGAGUCAUCACCAAAAUUAAACAAAGAUGCACCAGUCAAAUCAGAUAAAAUUGAUAAGAGUCAAACGAAGACCACAACUACAAUAAAACAAAAAGAAAGUCCAAAAGAACCAAGUAAAAAAGGAAAAAGUACUCUUAUAUCAGGAAUUAUAAAAGGUGCUAAAAAUGCAGCUGAUGAAGUAGCUGAUGAUAUUAAAGAUUUUGUUGAUGAGACAAAGAAAGAAGCUGAAAAAGAUGAAGAAGAGGCUAAAAUUGCGGCUGACAAAGCUUCAAAAGCCUUGAAAGAAAUUGAAAAUAAUACAAUCAUUAUUACCAAAGAUAUUGAUGACCAGGUAAAUAAAUCAAAAGAUAAAGUACAUGAAGAAAUGAUUCAAAGUAAAGAUCAAAUGGUUCACACUAUAAUAAUAACAGGUGAAAAAAUUUCUGACGUUGCAAGUGCAACAACAGACGCAGCAAAAGCCGCAACUAAAAAAAUUGCAUCAGAGGUUGACAAAAGUGCGUCUGAUGUUGAGACUGAUCUCAGUGAAGCUGCUGAUGAGUUGAAAGAAAAACACAGCGGUGGAUUAUUUGGUAUAUUUAAGAGUCCAAAAUCCAAGGACAAAAAACGUAGCAAGUCAAAAGAAAAAGACUCGUCAAAGGACAUUUCAUUUGACAGUGGUGAUGAAGAAGUUCGAAAUGCCACUGCUAUAUUCCUUGAAGAUACACGAAGAGUUGCUGAGCCAUAUACUGGUUUACCAGAUGCUGAUAAAAAAUUACGUAACGCUGCUGUUGAUGCUGCUGAAUCGGCUAAAGUAAAAGCUGAAAAAGACGCUAAAAAUGGAGCAGACAAACACAAAGGCUCAUUUUUAUCUGGUCUUUUUAAAAGUGCUAAAAAUGAAGCAGAUGUUAGUGUUAAUAACGCUGAAACUUUUAUUGAAAAAACAAAACAAGAAGUUGAAAAAGAGCGUGAUGAAGCUGAACGUGCUAUUAUUGAUGCUGGAAAAAAAAUAGAAAAUACUCAAGAAAAAGCCAUUGAAGAUUUGAAAAAAAUUAAAGAUCAAGCUUCUUUUGAAGCCUGUCAAAUCUCCAAGGAUGUUAAUGAGCUUGUAGAAGAGACCAAAGACAAAGCAAAUGAAAAAAUAAUUACCAGCAAAAAUGUAGUUGUAGAAGAUGUUGGCAAAAUCAAGGACAAAGUUCAAAAAUCAAUAUCUGAAGAAGAAAAAAUUAUCAAAGACAAAGUGUCUGGUGCUGUUGAUGCUACUGAUGAUUCAAUUGAAAAAACUAAAAAUAAAAUAAAAAAAGAUGUGAAAAAAAAUGCUGAUAAAGGUAAAGGAUUUCUUUCGGGAAUUUUCAAAGGAGCCAAGCAUACAGCUGAAGAAGUAAAUGAAGAAGUCAAAGAAUUUGUUGAUGACACGAAUAAAAAAACAGAAAAAAAUCAAGAAAAAAUUCAAACAGUAGCUGAUGACUCAGUGAAACUAGUCAAAGAUGAAUCUUCUAAAAUUGCCCAACAAAUUGAUGAUGCAGUUGAUCAUGCUACAGCAGCAACUGGUGACUCAAUAAAAAAAAUAAAAGAAGACAUUGGUAAACUUGAAGUAGAAAAAGAAAAAGAAACUUCAAAAAUUGUUGAGUCAACAGAGAAAACUAUUGAUAAAGUUGCCACAGAAACGAAAAAGCACGGAGAAAAAGGCAAAUCAUUUUUCUCUGGAAUAUUUAAAGGCAUUAAACAUGGAGCUGACGAAAUCAUUGAUGAUAUAAAAGAAUUCUCAGAUGAAACAAAAAAAGAAGCUGAAGAAGAAGAAAAAAAAUUGAAACAUACCGUUGAUGAUAGUGCAAAGGCUCUCAAAGAUUUGACUGAUAAAAAUGUUGAAAAUAUCAAAGAUCUUAAGAGUCAAGUAGUUGAAGAAAUAAAAAAAGAAUCAAAUGACGUUGCUGGUGCAGUUGAAAAAAUAAAAGAAACAACAAAUGAAAAAUUAAAGGCUGAAAAAGAUGCUGUAGUUUCUGCAGCAACUACUACUCGUGAUAAAAUAUUUGAUGCAGCAGAUAAGACAACUGAUACUGUAGAAAAGACAGUGAGUGAUGUCUCUGACAAUAUUGCCAAGACAAAAGAUUCAGUUAAAAAAGGCAUUACUGAAGAGUCUAAAAUUUUAAAAGAAAAAAUUGAAGAAUCAGUCGAUCAAGCAACUGAUGCUGCUAAAAAAGCACAGGACAAAGUUAAAAUAGAACAAGAAAAAGCUCAACAAGCUGCUGACGAAAUUGCUAAAUCAAUAAAAGAUAAAGCAAUAGAAAAAGUUGAUGUUGUCAAAGAAAAUCUUUCUGAUACUGCAUCACAAAUUUCUAAAAAUAUUACUGUUGAAGUUGACAAGUCAAAAGACGCAGCAAAAGCCACAACAAAAAAAAUUGUAUCAGAAGUUGAUAAAACUGCAUCUGAUAUUGAGACUGAACUCAGUGAAGCUGCUGAUGAGUUGAAAGAAAAACACAGCGGUGGAUUGUUUGGUAUAUUCAAGAGUCCAAAAUCCAAAGAUAGAAAACGUAGUAAAUCCAAAGAAAAAGACUCGUCAAAAGACAUUUCAUUUGACAGUGGUGAUGAAGAAGUGCGAAAUGCUACAGCUAUGUUUCUUGAAAAUACACGUAGUGUUGCUGAGCCAUAUACACCAGGAUUAUUCAACACUGAGGUGAAAAUUGAUGAUUCUGUUGAAUCUUCAAAAACCAAACCUGAUAAAACAGUCAAAAAAGAAUCAGAAAAAAAUAAAAGUCAAAAGUCAUUCUUUUCUGGAAUUUUCAAGGGUGUUAAAAAUGCAGCUGACGAAGUGACUGAAGAAAUUAAAGAAUUUGUUGAUGAAACUAAAAAAGAAGCUGAAGAAGAUGAAGAAGCACUCAAACGAGCAGCCGAUGAUGCUGCAAAAAAUGCUGAGAGUUUUACAAAUAAAACAAUAGAAGAUAUUAAAUCAACAAAAGCCCAAGUGUCUGAUAAGACUCAAGAAAUAAUUGAAAGUGGAAAAAAGACAAUUGUUGAAGGUGUGACAACAACUGGAGAAAAAAUUUCUGAGGUGAAAAAUUCUACAUCUGAUUCAUUAACAAAAUCAGUAAAAAAAAUUGAUGAUAAAAUAAACGAGACCAAGACUGAGAUUAGCAAGGAUAUUUUUGAAGAAAUAGAUAUUGGUAAAGAAAAAUUGAAUAGUGCUGUGGAUUCUGCUGAGUCAGCUAAAAAUAAAGUAGAAAAAGAAACAAAAAAAUCAGCUGAAAAAAGUAAAGGAUUUUUCUCAGGAAUAUUUAAGGGUGUGAAGCAUGGAGCUGAUGAAAUUAUUGAUGAUAUCAAAGAAUUUUCUGAUGAGACAAAAAAAGAAGCUGAAGAAGAAGAAAAAAAAAUAAAUAAUGCUGCUAAAAAAAUAGAAGAAAAAACAACAGAAAAAUUACAAGCUGGUAAAAAUGCUGUUGUUGGUACAGUGAGUGAUGUUUCGGAUAAUAUUGCCAAGACAUCAGAUAAAAUAAAGAAAGAUAUUGAUGAAGAGUCUAACGUUUUGAAAGAAAAAAUAAGUGAAGCAGUCGAUAGUGUAGCUGAUGCUGCUGAAAAAACAAAAACUAAAAUUGACACAAAAGGAGAAGAAGCAAAGCAUGCUGCUGAAGAAGCUGCUAAAUCUGUUAAAGAUAUUAAGGAUAAGACUAUGGAAAAAAUUGACACCACAAAAGAAAAUAUUUCUGAUGGAAAAAUUAAAGUUGAAAAAGAUGCCAAGAAGGCUGCUGAAAAAAGUAAAUCAUUUUUCUCUGGAAUUUUUAAAAGUGCUAAGCAUGCUGCUGACGAAGUAGCUGAUGAUAUUAAAGAGUUUGUUGAAGAAACCGAAAAAGAAGCUGAGCAAGAUGAAGAAGCACUCAAGCUUGCUGCAGACGAGGCUGCUAAAAAAAUAAAAGACAGUGCAAACAAAGAUAUUGAAUCAGCGAGUAAUGUGAUCAGCAGUAUUAAUACUGAUACAUCCAAAGCAGUAAAGGAUUCAGUGACAAAAAUGUCCGAUGAUGUUACCAAGGCCAAGGACGUUAUUACCAAAGAAAUAUCUGACGAUAAAAAAAUUGUCAAAGAUGCUGUCACUGAUGCUAUUGAUUCUACUGGAAAAACCAAACUAAAAGCUGAGACUGAUGGUAAAAAAGAAAUUGAAAAAGGGAAAAAAUCAUUCUUUUCUGGUAUAUUAAAAGGAGCCAAACAUGCAGCAGAUGAAGUAGUUGAAGAAUUUAAAGAAUUUGUGGAUGAAACAAAAGAAGAAGCUGAGAAACAAGAAAAAGCACUCAAAGAAACAGCUGACGAUGUGUCCAAUGCUGCUAAAAAUUUAAAAGACGAAACCACAGAAAAUCUGAACACAGUCAAGACUCAAGUAUCAGAAAAAUUAUCACAAGCUUCUAAAGAUGCUGGUGAUGUUGUAACAAAAACAAAAGAUAAUACUCAAAAAGUGAUAACAACUGGUAGUGAAACAAUUGUUCAAGGUGUUCAUGCUACUGGUGACAAAGUAUCUGAUGUUGGCACUAAAUUAACUGAUGUAUCAAUGAAAAUUUCUGAUGAUGUCAGUAAAACAAAAGACACUAUCGCUAAAGAAAUUUCCGAUGACAAAAAAAUAGUCAAAGAAAAAAUAUUAGAAGCAGUUGACACUGCUGCUGAGUCUGCUGAAAAAACCAAAGUCAAGGCAGAAAAAGAAGCUGAAAAAGGAAAGGGUUUCUUUGCUUCUAUUUUCAAAGGAGUUAAGCAUGAGACUGAAACAGCUGUUGAUAAUAUUGAAACAUUUAUUGACAAAACAAAAGAAGAAGCUGAUAAUGAAAAAAAAGAAGCACAACGUGCUGCUGAUGAGGCUGCUAAGGCCAUCAACGAUGUUAAAGAUAAAACAGUUGAAAAAGUUGGUACAAUUAAAGAAAAUAUUUCUGAAACUGCAUCACAAAUUUCUAAAAAUUUAACUGAUGAAGUUGAUAAAUCAAAAGAAAAAGUAGUUGAAUUUACUGCUGAGACUGUUGAAAAAGCCAAAAUCAAGGGAGAAAAAGAAACAGAAAAAGCAACUGGUUUUCUCUCAGGAAUUUUUAAAAAAGGUAAAAAUGCCACUGAUGAAGUUGUCGUCGAUAUAAAAGACUUUGUUGAUGAAACAAAAAAAGAAUCAAUAGAAGAAGAAAAAAAUGCUCAUCGUGAAUUUGAAGAAACCAUAAAAGAAAAAAUAAUAAUUGAUGAAGAAAAACCAAUGGAAACAAAAGAAGCUAAAAAAUUAAAACAAAAAAGUCCUGAAAAAGAAUCACCAAAAUUAUUUGGUAUUUUAAAAUCACCCAAACAUAAAUCAUCACGUGUUGCAAAAGAUAGUAAUGAACAUAUUGACAGAGUACAAUUUGGUGAGGUAUCAGAAAUAAAAGAUGCAACAGUAGCAUUUCUUGAAGACUCACGAUUAACAGCAUCAAAUAUUGAAGAUUCUAUGCCACAAGAUUUAAAUAUAUCAGAUCAAGAUUUAUCAUCAUCAUCUUCCUCUUCUGCAGCAAUUGACAAAGAAAAAAAAUUACAAAAAAAAGAAAAAUCAAAAAGUGUAUUAUCCAAUAUUGUUCAAGCAACUGAAAAAUUUUGGGAUAAUAAAAUACAUGAUUUAACAGGUUCACAUUCAUCAGGUAGUUAUGACAUAACAAAUCCCGAUAAUGAUGAUCCAGAAUUACGUGAAAUAAAAGCAACAUAUGAACCAGAAUCCGAUGUUUUAUUGGAAUCAUUUAAUCCAAUUGAUAGUCCAAGCAUUGAUAAAACAAUAACAACAAGUAGUAAUACCGUUAAUUUAUUAUCAUCGCGCAUUCCAUUAAAAACAUGUACAAUUACGAAAAAAAUAGAAUUAACAGAAGAUAAAUUUUCAGUUGUUGUUGAUGAUGAGGUAAUGAAUUUAGUUGAUAGUAGGGUAUUAGGGCACCUUGAGCCUCAAUCACGUCAAACAGUAACAACAAAAGUAACAAAAUCGUCUGUGAGGACGACAAUGGCGACCCCGCCACCCAGCCCCGACAAUCUCAUUGACAAUAGCAUUAAAGAUGUUACUGAGGAAGCAGCUAAAAGAGCACAAGUACUUGCUGAUCAGGCAUUCGUUGAUGGAAAUAAAACAGAAUCUGACUUUUUGCAACACAGCGAGCCAUCCUAUGUUGAGACAACGACAACUGAAAUUGAUCCAGAAACAAACGAAAGAAUAACAAAGACAGUUAAAACAGUGACAUCAUCAUCUUCAUCAGUAACAGGUGGUACCACAGGUGGAUCUGAUGAGCUUCGUGAAUCAAUGCAAAAAAUAAUGGAUCAAUUUAUGACCGAAGAAAGAAGAGGCCAGUAAAUCGAAUUAAAAAAAUUAAUUUAAAAUAAAUUCAUCAACGAAUUAAAUAUGAAAAAAUUAUAAAAAAAUUAAAAAAAAAAAUUUAUAUUAUAUUAUUUAAAUCGACUUGGCAAGCCAAGAUAAAAUUUCCGUAAAAAUUUCAUACAUGAAAAAUAAUUUAUUCAGUUUAAUUAUUCUUCUUUACAAAGAAAAAAAUAAACAAAAAAAAAAAAAAAUAUUAACUAUUUAAAUAAAAAUCAAAUAUCGACAUUUUUUUAUUUUUUUAAAAUAAAUUGCAUGUUAUUAAUGCAGUGGUACCUGAUAAUCCGCAACUGGAUAAAAUUAUGGUAAAACUGCAUAAUUGUGGCCUAGGCUUCCGUAUUUAAUUUCAUUCUUCAUCGAAAAAAAAAAACCUAUUUAUAAAAUAAUUUAUUAUAAAU